AUGUCGGACCACGACAAAGGGCGCGUCGCCAUCAAAUUCGCCCCGGCACCCUUAUACAAGAAGCCGCCUCCCCGUUCCGGCGCGUCGUCCACCCUCGGCAAGCGGCCGCGCCCCCAUGCCUUUGGAGGCCAUGAUUCGGACUCGGACAACGACGAGCACCGCCACCACAGAGGACAGCACGAGUUCAUCACGGGAUUUGGCGUCGACGGCGCUGAGACGGAGCGCGAACGGAGAGACAAGGAGGCGGCGAGGAGGGAGUUUAUCAUCCAGAGGCAGCCGAACCGCGACUGGAGGACCGAGGUGAAAGCGCAGAAACGCGGCAAGAAUCUGCUGCCGGAGGAAGCGAGGCAACAACAAAAUGGCCAUGUCGUCGAGAGGGAGCCUGCAGAUCAAGACAAAGAAAUUCAGUGGGGCUUGACGGUCAAGGAGAACAAGACAGAGGAGAACCAUGACCGACCCGCCAGCAGCCCACGGGAAGAGAGCCCGGCGAAGCGAAACGGCCACAGCCAGCAGUAUCCAACCCCCGCGCGCACCGCCGACGAAGAAGCCAUGGACGCUCUUCUGGGACGCACCCCGACGGCCAAGAAAACCAUUAUCCAGCCCCCGCUCAACGAAGACGACGCCUACCGCCGCGACGCCGCGGCUGCCGGUGCCGAGUCCACGCUCGACGACUACGAGGCCAUGCCCGUCGAGGAGUUUGGCGCCGCGCUGCUCCGCGGCAUGGGUUGGAACGGUGAGCCGCGCGGUCCGAAGCCAAAGGAAGCGCGCCGACGGGCCAACCGCCUCGGCCUCGGCGCAAAGGAGCUCAAGGAGUCUGAGGACUUGGGCGGCUGGGACCAAAAGGGCGGCAAGAAGAAGCGGCCCCGACUGGACGAGUACCGCAGGGAGGAAAGCAGGCGCAAGGAGAGCCGGAGGAACGAGGACAGCUACAAGAGGGAGCGCGAGCGCGAGCGGGAUGGGUAUAGAGAGAGGGACAGGGAGAGGGAUCGGCAGAGGGACCGUCAUCGUGAUCACGACCGCGACCGACGGCGUUGA